GAAAGUUCUCCCGCCACAUAAAAAUUUCCUGCUAUCGUUGCCCCGAUCCCCAUCCCGCGCUUCGGUCUCUCUCUCUAAAGCCUAAAGCCAUGGCGACGACGAUAUCUCCUCCGCCGCAAACACUAAUAUUAAAACGAUCGUCAAUUUCCACUUCCGUUUGUUUUCCGUCAUCUCAAAGGCUAGUGUCAGCACCCCAGACUUGUUCAGUUUCAGUUAACUCUGUCAGUUCAAUCCAUUUCCCAAAAUCCAAAAGGCUAAAUCGUUCUCCGGCUAGAGCUCAAGCCUCCUCGGUUGCUUCUUUUUCCCAGAAUGUCGGGGAUUUGCUGGGUGAUGUCAGCAUCUUCACCGCCACCGGCGAGCCCGUCAAGUUCAAAGACCUCUGGGAUCAAAAACAGGGAAUGGCAGUUGUUGCUCUGUUAAGGCAUUUUGGGUGUCCUUGCUGCUGGGAACUUGCUUCAGUACUUAAAGAAUCAAAAGAGAGAUUCGACUCUGCUGGCGUGAAGCUAAUUGCUGUUGGUGUUGGUGCGCCCAGCAAAGCUCGCAUUCUUGCUGAGAGGUUACCAUUUCCAAUUGAUUGCCUCUAUGCUGACCCUGACCGUAAGGCAUAUGAUGUCUUGGGCUUGUAUUACGGUGUCGGUCGAACAUUUUUCAACCCCGCAAGUGCUAAAGUUUUUUCAAGAUUUGAGACUCUACGAAAUGCUGUAAAGAACUACACUAUUGAAGCCACCCCAGAUGAUAGAAGUGGAGUCUUGCAACAGGGAGGGAUGUUUGUAUUCAGAGGAAAAGAAUUGCUAUAUGCUCGGAAGGAUGAAGGGACCGGUGACCAUGCUCCCUUAGAUGACAUCAUUAAUAUCUGCUGCAAAGUCCCCAUUUCAUGAAGUCUUUCUCUGCUCUCUCUCUUCUAAAAUGGUGCUUUCUGGUGUAUCUGUCAUUAUUAAAGUUAGAUAACCAAUAUCUAACGGCUGUUUUUUAUAAUGCCUUCAGCAUAGCACUUACCAUUUUUUCUGUUGUCUGUUCACUAUAGUGUGAACUGCUCUCCAUCUCGCGCGCAUAUGUAAUCAUGUAAAAUUUUGUGUAUAUCGCCCCCGAGGUAGUCCGAUUGGUUCCGUAGUUUGAUAGUUACUAGCAGGUCUCGUGAUCGAUCCUCGUGUGCUAUCUCGCUGUGUAUCCUUGGGGCAAGGCUCUACACAAUUUUCGAAAAUUAGUCUGGUCGAAAGGAUGGAAUAUCCUUAAGUGAGAGAAAGAAAGUGUAUGUA